AUGUUCAAAUUCGUUGCCAUCGUUGCUCUCCUGGUUGCCUCCGUCAACGCUGGACUCAUCGAAACCCACCAUGUGGUCCAUGAGCCUGUCCUGGCCAAAGUUGGCACUGUUGUGCACAGCGCUCCUUCGGCCGUUUCCCACCAGAGCAUCACCCAAGUGCACAGCAAGGCUGUCGUCCAGCCAGUAGUUGCUCCUGUGCUGAAGACAACGCUUCACACUGCUCCCGUCCUCCACACCGUUCACGCCGCUCCAGUUGUCCAUGCCGCUCCCGUCGUUCAUGCCGUCCAUGCCGCCCCAGUCGUCCACUCAGUUCCUGUGGUUCACUCUGCCCCAUUGAUCAAGUCCGUCGUAGCAACUGCUCCUCUGGCCUACACUCUGCAUCAUUAG